UGUACGAAGUUCAUCCGUCCGUCGAGACUGUAAAAUGUAAGAAUAUUCAAAAGUAUUUCACAAAAGUUUAAAAUAAGUUCGUCAUUAGAUUGGGUGCAAAGUCGAAGAUUUAAAGUAAUGUAAACUCAUAUACCUACACGGUAGAUCAAUUAAUUGCUUCUUUUACGACCUAUUAAUUCAGAUAAGAUGUAAUGCUUGUUAAUCAAUGAUAUAUUGAGUUGGUAUGUCUGUGAUAGGUAAACUCGAUUCGACUGAAGUGUGAGCUGAAAAUAAUCGAAACGUUUCGGCAGCAAGUUGAAUGAAUUAGUGUAAUACGGUGAUCGGACUGGUUGGAGCGCACCACUGUAGUCAAACGAUUUUUUUAUUUUUUGGUUGAGAUUCGAGCAGAUUAGAGGUGACGUAAACUGUGCAAAACAAUGGACACCGAAAGUCAUCAAAGUAGAAAAUUUAGUGAAAUUGAGCAGUCAACGAAAGCAGCUAUUUUAAGUGAGGUGAAUAGGCAAGGAGAUGGAACUUCAAAAUUGUGGAAAGUUUUUGUUCUAUGUAUGACACCGGGAAUUUUGAAUGGACUGUACGUCUCUUCGUACGUAUUUUUGGGUCAUAUGCCAAAUAACUUGACUUGUGUCAUUCCGUCCCUAACUGAGGCCUACUGGAGUCAUGAAGAAAUCAAAAACAUUUCCACAAGACUGGUGUCGGACAAAUGUAAAAUUCGCAAUUGGAAUUACACCUUAUUGAGUGAGUUGACAUUUGAAAGUGCCUAUCAGUACGUUACAGCUGCAGAUUUACCAUCGGAAAUACCCUGUAGAAAAUCGGAAGAAAACUUUUUCGCCUAUGACAAUGAGGGAUUGUCAAUCGUAGCAGAGUGGGAUUUGAUUUGCGACCGUGAAAUUCUAAGAACAACGGUGCAAGUAGCUCUCUAUGUAGGAAAAUUUUUGGGAGCAUUCAUUUUUGGCAUAAUAGCAGACAAGUAUGGGAGAAAAACCAGUGUAACAAUUGCCAGUAUUCUUUACAUAGUAUGUGGACCUGUAUCAGCGUUCGUUGACAUUUAUUGGCUUUUUUUGAUAUGUCGAAUUGGUCUCGGUUUAGCUGGAUCUGGCGUCUAUCAUUCAGCUUACACGAUUCUUACCGAAUUCGCGUCGAUAAAAUAUCGAUCAACUCUAAGCAUCUUCUUUAGUGUAUCUUAUCCCAUUGGUAUGAUGAUCUUAGCAAUUUUUGCAUAUUUCAUACACCCAUGGCGACAACUUCAGAUAGCCCUGUCAGUACCGGCCGUAUGUUUAGUCGUUCACUUCUUUUUACUAGAAGAAUCACCCAGAUGGCUGAUGAGCAAGGGCAAAAUUAGCGAAGCCCACAAAAUUGUCUUCCGUAAACCGAUGGCCGAACAAGAGCAUUUUGAGUUGGAAAAACUAAAAAAGCUUCAAGCUGAUCGAUCAAAGACACGUAAAGGGAACAACGUCUUGACCAACAUAUUUAACGGAAUCAAGACUGGAAGCUCUGAACUCAUCGAUUUGUACGGCAACAAAUUGCUUCGCCGCAGAUUACUGAUAUGCCAUUUUACCUUUUUCAUGUCAUCGUUGACCUAUUAUGUGAUUGCAUUGAACGGUGACAACUUCCUCGCAAAUCAGUAUUUUUAUGUAGCCGUCACCGGUCUGACAGAGGUUCCCAGUUACAUUGUACCGUGCAUAAUGUUCAAAUGGAUGGGACGCAAACGAGUGUCGUUGAUUCUAUUCUUCCUAGCUGGAACUGCUCUCCUAUCCAUCCUUGCAGUACCGCUGGAUUACACCGAUGCCGUCAUUGGUGUGGCUUUAUUCGGCAGAACGUGCAUCAGUGCCGUUUUCGUCGUUGUUAUCUUACACACAGCAGAACUAUUUCCAACAACUAUCAGAAGUUCGGCAAUUGGAACUAGCUCCACAAUGGCUCAUAUUGGUUCAAUUUCGGCUCCGUACAUAGUUGACGGUCUGGGAUCAUUGAAGUGGUUCAUACCGUCCACGAUAUGUGGUAUAUGCUCGGUAAUCGCUGGACUUUUAGUUUUGGGUCUGCCAGAAACGGAACACGUAGAACUGAAUGACACGGUUGAAGAGGAAACGACAAGGGAGAUUAAAUGAAUUUUAAGGAAUUU